AUGCGAUUGCUGUUAGCCAUCGCUCUCCUGGGGGCGGUAUUUGCACAAGAUGCAUGGAAAGCCGUUAACGUUGACCGAACCAUCGAUGCAACAUCGCAAAUUGUCAAGAUCUCGACGUUGUAUUCGUUUGAAAACACAGGCACUGGACCACAAUCGAAAGUUUUGAUUGCUCUUUCAAAAGAAGAAGCUACUGGACUUUCUCACAUCACCGCCGGAAUCGAUGGAGCUAAAGGAAAACUGAAGAUUUCUGAGAAACCAGUUGAAAAAGAGUUGACCUUCUAUGAAGUCGAUCUCCGCACUCCAGUUGCCAAGGGAGAUAAAAUUGCUCUUCGAGUUAAUCUUCGUGUGACCCAAGUUCUUGAACCACUUCCAGCAAAAAUCGCACAGGCUGAUAGCCAAUUUGUUCUGCUUCAUACGACUGCCUACGUUCCAUCUCGUUAUGAAACUGUCACACAAAAAACAACCGUCCGCACCACUCAAGGAGGAAAGCUUCUUUCUGCUACAACUGUGGCUCCUUCAAAACAAGAAACGGAACGCGUUGUGUACGGACCUUAUGCCAAUAUUCCUGCCUUUGAGAGCAAGCCAAUCAAAGUGCAUUACGAAAACAACUCUCCGUUCGUAGUUGCUACAGUCGUUGAGAGAUUCAUCGAGGUUUCUCACUGGGGAAACAUCGCUGUUGAGGAAUAUAUCGAAUUGGUUCACAAAGGAGCAGCACUGGACGGACCUUUCUCCAGAAUUGAUUAUCAAAUGGACCGCCGAGGACGUCGUCAACCUGCAUUCCAAUCCUUCACCACUGUUCUCCCAGCCCAAGCGAAAGAUAUUUACUAUCGUGACGAAAUUGGAAAUAUUUCUACUUCAGCUGUUAGAAUUCGUGCUGAUAGUGUUGAUGUGGAGAUUCGUCCACGAUUCCCACUUUUCGGUGGAUGGAAGACAUCGUACAUCAUUGGAUAUAACUUGCCAUCUGAAGAAUAUCUGUACACCAAAGGAAACCAAUAUGCUUUGAAGACUAAAUUGUUCGAUCACGUCUUCGGCGAUGUGGUUGUUGAGAAGCUGCGUACAAAGGUGCUUCUUCCAGAGUAUGUCAGACGCGUCAAAGUCACCACCCCAUAUGUUGUUGAUAGACGUCCUGACGAACUUAAGCCAACAUACUUGGACACAACUGGUCGUCUAGUCGUUGUUCUGGAAAAGAGCAAUGUGGUUUCCGACCACAGUCAGUUUUUCACUGUUACAUACGAGUUCAAUUACAUGGACAUGCUUCGCGAACCACUUCUUGCCGCGGCCUUCUUCUUCUCGUUGUUCUUCGUUAUUAUCAUCUACGCAAGAUUCGAUUUUACGAUUUCUUCGGACCCAAAUAAAGAUGCCGAAGAGCGUUCUCAGCUCAGUAUCGAGAAGUUGUCGAAGUCUGUUGAUUCUAAACAAGCUGCUUAUGAUUCUCUGAUUGACGCCGCUCAACAGUACAAGUCAACAAAAAAUGAAUCUGAUCUUCAUGAAGCCAAAAAAGAAUUCAAUGAAGCCAGGAACGAGGCGAAUGCCAAGCUUACUGAGAAGAUUGCUGAAUUGAGAACAGGCGCCGGAAAUGCUGCCGCUGAAAAAGCAUCGGAGCUUCUCAAGUACGACAAGGCUACUUUCGAAGCGGUGGACAGCUACCUCAAGGCCGUGGAAAAGAGUACUACAAAGACUGCCGGAUCAGAGGAACAACAAUUUGCCAACAAGGUCAAAGAUGCCAGGAGCCGUGCGGACAAUGUUCUUGCCUCAUUAUAA